GUUGCAGAGAGGAGUGCUGGUCUCCGGGAUCAAAGGUCGCGGAUAACGAAGCUCCCUGGGCUCUGAGCCAGGCGCCCCCGCCCAGCUCCCGAGAUCCGAGUUCGGGGGCGCGCGACAGACGGGGAGCCUCGGCAGCGCGGAGCGCGGGGCUGCCAGGAACGCCACGUCACUCGCGACCYGACCCUACUGGCCCGCCCUGUCCCCGGAGGCGCGAGCGACUUGGGCCGCUGAGGGUCCUCUCCGAGGCAGCAGGCACUAUGGCUUCUUGGGUCUCCAGGAUGCUUCCUAGGAAUGCCUGUUCCUUGGCUCCUUCAUCCAAGAUCCAGAGACAGGAGGAUUGUCAUCGGCAGCACAAGGCCUACAGGUACUUCUUGCCCAUCCAGACAAGAUGGCAGGACAAUGACCAGUAUGGGCACGUGAACAAUGYCGUGUACUACAGCUACUUCGACACCAUUAUCAACCAUUACCUGAUCAGGUACUGUGGCCUGAAAACCAGCCUACUGUCGUCCCCGAUGGUGGGGUUCAUGGUGACCAAUCAGUGCACCUACUAUUCACCCAUCAGCUUCCCUCAGAUCCCUGUGGCUGCCUUGUCAGUGGAGAAAGUGGGUCACUCCAGCGUGCAUUACCGACUGGCUCUGUUUCCACCUAAGCACACGGAGGAGCCACCUUCAGUAGAUCACUGUGACCUCUCUGAUGGCUUUUUCUUUGGCCAUCCUAAAUUGGCUCAGUUUGAUGCUUUGGCCUGUACCACGGGGUCUUCAGUCCACGUCUUUGUGAAUCCAGCCACCAGCAAGCCAGCAGGGCUCCCCGAAGACUUCAGGAAGGGCCUSAUGAAGCUGAUGAUCCCAGCUUCUGUGUGAAUUGGGUACACUCUCUAUGGAAUUGCUCGUAAAAUAAAGUUUAGAUUAUCCUCUCUGAAAUUUCUUUUGAUUUAUUAGAUAUACCUUUUGCCUUUUAAAUGGCUGUUAACUUCUUCGAAGUUUUUUAAGAGUCAUCUAGCUCUGUCAAUGAAUCACCUCCUUGCGUAAGACAGACCCUGGGCCAAGUAUUUUUGCACAAUGUAUCCCUUGGACCAUCACAGCCAACCUCUCGAGACAGGUAUUGUUCUCGCUGCCCUUUUACAAAAGAGGAAAGUAAAGUUUGCAGAGUGGAAGCAGCAGCCAAAGAAAGGCCACUGGACUCGGAAGCCCAUGCUCUUAGCCACCACAUAAUGUUGCCUCUCCAGCCUGCACCAACCCUGAGGCCCAGGCCAGCCCAGGCCCUGGAGGAUCCAUUUCUGCAAAGGAGCCCCAUUCACUUCCUGUAAGUCAACUGCUCUUCUCUGGAUUGCACAUUUCCUUAUCAAUAUCUCACCAGCUGGGCCUGGUUGAAGAUCAUUGAUCUGAAAUGACUCAUUAAAUGUCUUCAGCUUCUUUCAGCUAAUAAUCAUGUGGCCUAUGGGGGAUGGGGUGGGGAGUAGGGAUGUGAACUCUGGUGCUGGAAAAAUCACCUUCAUUUCAUAUGUUUAAAAACAACCA